AUGAUAUAUUGUCAGAGGUGGAACAACCCCAAAGGAUUUCUGGUGUGGCUCUGCCUUUUCGCUCUCACCCAAAGUUACGUGACCAGUGGGAUUGUCUUCACCGUUACCACCACACUGGAGCAGCGAUUCAGCCUUCCCAGCGUGCAAACCGGCUUCCUGGCAUCCUGUUACGACCUCGCCCUCCUCAUCGUGGUUUUGGGGGUCACAUACUUUGGGGAGAACGGCAACAAGCCCCUGUGGCUCGGCAACGGUGCUCUCAUUUUCGCCGCUGGUUCCUUCCUCUUUGCCCUACCACAGUUUACGUCGGGUCCUUACAUACCAUCGACGCUAUUUUCCGAUACAUGUGACAUCACGUCAAACGAAACGAACCCCUGCGAUAUAGAUGCCAAUGCUGAUGAGGAAUUGAGCUCUUAUUACUGGGUAUUUGUAGCGGCACAAUGUCUGCAUGGGCUGGGGGCGGCGCCCAUCUAUACCCUGGGGGUGACCUAUCUAGAUGAAAGCGUGGCGCCCCAUAUGUCCUCCAUUUAUCUUGGUAUUAUCCAAGCAACGUCCAUCUUAGGUCCAGCUCUUGGCUAUCUGCUCGGUGGGUAUUUUCUCAGCAUCUACGUCGAUCCUGGGGUGGACCCAGAAAGUUUGGGUCUAUCCCCAGACAGUGUGCUGUGGAUAGGAGCUUGGUGGAUCGGUUUCAUCACCAGUGGUACAAUGGCUCUCAUCGUAGCUCUUCCACUGAUCGGGUUCCCUAAAUAUCUUCCAGAUGCAAAAAAUAUCAACGGCAGACUCGACCAUCAUCAAACUCAGAAGGGGUCCGAAUUCGUCGCCCGCACGGGGUGGGCCAACUCGGUACGCGACAUCCCUCGUGCGACGCUGAACCUCCUAACCAAUAAGCCAUUCAUGUUGCUCAAUUGCUCGGCGGCGACCGAGUGGUUCAUCAUCUCGUGUCUCGCAGCUUUUGGGCCGAAGUUUUUUGAGUCGCAGUUCUCCCUGUCUUCCAGCGACGCUGCCUUCCAAACCGGGCUUGUCGUGAUUCCGUCCAGCUGUGUCGGUUGUUUGGUUGGAGCGUUUCUUGUCAAACGUUUCAAGCUGUCUUUCGCGGGAAUGGUCAAAUUCUGCAUUGUUUCCAUGCUCAUUUCUCUUGUCUGUAUGUCUUCGUUUCUCAUCAGUUGUCCCGAUCCACCAAUGGCGGGCGCUACAGUGCAAUAUAACAAUUCAUCCAUACCUUUAGAUGAAACAAGCAAUGCUAACUUCACCGCUGAAUGCAACAGUAAUUGCCACUGUGCUGCCACUUACAACCCGGUAUGUGGUAGCAAUGAUGUGGUCUACUUCUCCGCCUGUUACGCGGGCUGCAGACUUGAUGAAGAUCCCAGUGGCUUGCAGAGUGACAGAGUGUACCAUGACUGUAGCUGUAUCCGUGAUAUCAACGGCUCCGACUCGGCCUCCGAUUCGGCCUCUGGGUCGGCUGUCUUGGGCAUGUGUGUGUACCAUGACUGUAGCUGUAUCCGUGAUAUCAACGGCUCCGACUCGGCCUCCGACUCGGCCUCUGGGUCGGCUGUCUUGGGCAUGUGUGAAGGCCAACAUUGUCACAGGGAGCCCCUGUUUAUGGCCGGUCUUUUCUUUAUGCUAGGCUUCACCUUUCUAGCCCUCGUACCGUCCAUUCUAGCCACCAUGAGAUCUGUUUCUCAUUCACAGCGAGCGUAUGGUCUCGGAAUACAAUCUUUUAUAUAUCGACUAUUAGGCACCGUCCCAGGGCCAAUUAUUUUGGGAGCCCUCAUCGACAGAGUCUGUUUAGUAUGGGAGAGCAACUGCGACGGGUCCCGAAGCUGUUGGCUCUACGACAACGCAGAAUUCAGCAAAAUCAUCUUCAUCGUGACGGUCAUCUGCCGGUGCUUGACUCUCAUUUUCAUGAUUCUCGCGUUGAUGGCGUAUGUACCUCAAGGCGAAGAUGUCCAAGAAGAAGAAGAAGGCGAAGAAGAAGAAGGCAUGAGGGAAGGAGAGGAAAACUCGCCAACGCAAACAUUUCUCACUAGCCAAACGACUUCGUAUUCAAAGACUCCUUCUCCCGGCUAUUGACGAUUAAUUAAUACCCGGUUCAUUUGUGACACUUGCGUUAUUUGCUGGAGUAGGAAUGCGUCAGCGUCUGGCGCCAUUUUUUACGCGAAAUGUGAGAAUGACAUGCAAAAUAAAUAGUGUCAGCAUUGCGUUGAAUUACUGCUGUUGGUAAGAGCUGCCUUCAUAGGCUCGUGUAGCGUAUAAUAAUUAUGAUAACGCAAUCAAAAUUACAUUUCAUGUGUAACGGUAAUAUAAAUGUGAAAACUAUAAGUAUUGCUUUGAACGGGCUGUUCUCUUAUUCGACUGUGCAAUUGACGCCUAGAACCUCUUAUUUUUCUUCCAGGAUUCAACACCUUUUUUUUCUUGCAUCAUGGAAGGGGUCCUCUUGUCUUUAAAGCUCGAUAUGCGUUUAAAUAACGUACAGGAAGACGUCCAUGGCAGAAAUCCGUGUACAUUUUAGAGCACGGUGUUGAAUGUUCGGAACUCCUUAACUUCCUUCAGUCCACAUAUUGCGGAUGGGUGGCUUAGCUACAUGUACAAGGUACAUGGGGGCACGUGCCCCAAUCGAAUGUCAAGAGAGAGAGGGGGAUAGAGAGAGAGA